UCCAUCCUCCAUUCCCAUUUCCCAAGCUCGCUUGUAACAGGCCAACAGGUAACCAGUUUGCCAGGUGGAGUAGUUUGCCAGCAUGGAGGAGUCCAGGGCGGCGGCUGUGCAGGAGCUCCGGGCGAGGUUCGCGGCGGGGCAGACGCGGCCGGCGGAGUGGCGGGCGGAGCAGCUGCGCGGGGUGCUGCGGAUGGCGACGGAGAUGGAGGCGGAGAUAUGCGACGCCCUCCACGCCGACGUCGGCAAGCCCAAGACCGAAGCGCACGUCCACGAGAUAUCUCUAGUCAAGUCGUCGUGCUUGUUUGCCUUGAAGAAUCUCAAGAAAUGGAUGAAACCCAAGAAGGUUCAUGCAAGGCUCAUGACUUUUCCCUCGACGGCCAGGAUUACAAAGGAGCCCCUCGGUGUUGUACUCGUCAUCUCUGCCUGGAACUACCCUCUCCUGUUGUCCCUGGACCCCGUCAUCGGUGCGAUCGCGGCAGGCAACGCCGUCGUGCUGAAGCCGUCCGAGGUCGCGCCGGCUACGUCAUCGCUGCUCGCUGAGCUCCUGCCACGAUACGUCGACAGCGCCUGCAUCAAGGUCGUCGAGGGUGGCGUCUCCGAGACGACUGCGCUCCUAGAGCAUAAGUGGGACAAGAUCUUCUAUACAGGCAAUAGUAAAGUAGGACGCAUCGUGAUGGCCGCAGCGGUGAAGCAUCUAACGCCGGUCGUCUUGGAGCUUGGCGGGAAAUGCCCCGUGGUCGUCGAUUCGAACGUCAAUCUCCAUGUUACUGCAAAGAGGAUAGCUGCGGGCAAGUGGGGUUGCAACAAUGGCCAGGCCUGCAUUGCUCCUGAUUUCAUCAUAACCACCGAGUCUUUUGCCCCAAAGCUGCUCGAGGCUUUAAAGAAAGUUUUGGAGAAGUUCUACGGGAAGGAUCCGUUGCUAUCAGCGGAUUUGUCGCGUGUCGUGACCCCAAACCAUUUCAACAGACUCCUGGACUUGAUGGACGACGAGAUGGUCUCGGACAAGAUUGUGUUUGGUGGUCAGAGGGAUGAACAAAAGCUGAAGAUCGCCCCCACAAUCUUCCUAGAUGUCCCACUCGACUCCGCUAUGAUGAAGGAGGAAAUAUUCGGGCCAUUGCUUCCUAUCAUCACGGUUGAUAAGAUCCAUGAGAGCUUUGGUCUCAUCAACUCCAUGACUAAGCCACUUGCAGCCUACCUCUUCACCAGGGACAGCAAGCUCCAGAAGCAGUUCGAGAAUACCAUUUCUGCAGGAGGAAUGCUCCUCAACGACACCAGCGUACAUCUCACCAAUCCUCACCUGCCAUUUGGAGGUGUUGGGGAGAGCGGCACAGGCUCCUAUCAUGGGAGAUUCACCUUUGAUGCUUUCAGCCACGGGAAGGCGGUCCUGCACCGAGGGUUCGGUGGGGAGGCAAAGGCCAGGUACCCACCGUACUCAUCGGCAAAGCUCAAGAUAAUGAAGGGUGUGCUUGCGGGCAAGCUGGGAGCCAUGAUUCAGGCUAUCCUGGGGUUCCCAAGAGGAAAAUGAGCUUAUCUCUUCAGGGUAGCAUGAUAUCAAGAAAUCAGUGACAGCUCAAUAAGUUGAACAAAAGUUAAAUAUCUUAUAGUGGGCUAGGCACCAUUCUCUUGCAAACAUAUCAGAAAAAGGCGAACUGCCUGAUAUUGUGUAAUUUGAUUGCCCUUAUGUGUGUCAUACAACAUGCAAGUACCAUAAA